AAUUUUUGAAGUGGUUGGCUAAAUUUUUUAUUUUUGGCAUGACAACUCACCUUUUAGCUAAGGGGACUUCAUGGUUGGAGAUGCUCUAAUCCAUUUCAUUUUAUUUACAUCUAUAUCCAUCUCUAUCUCUAUCUAAUUCAUCGGAUCCUUCAUAUCGGGGAUGAUGAAUUGACGCUUCAGUUAACCCUCAGGACAUCUAUUACCCUUUAUCCCCCUCCUCUUUCACACCGACUUCUAUCCCUGUUGAGCAACAACGACAGGAUUUGCUGGUACUUAUAAAGCUGGAACAUGGCAGAGAAAGCAUGUGUAAAGCGUCUUCAGAAGGAAUAUAGAGCACUCUGUAAAGAACCUGCUCCUCAAUGCGUGGCUCGCCCUUCCUCAAAUAAUAUACUUGAGUGGUAUUAUGUGUUGGAGGGAAGCGCUGGAACUCCUUUUGCAGGUGGAUACUACUUUGGAAAGAUCAAAUUCCCUCCAGAGUAUCCAUUUAAACCUCCUGGAAUCAGUAUGACAACUCCCAAUGGGCGGUUUAAGACACAAACAAAAAUUUGCCUAUCAAUGAGUGACUUUCAUCCAGAAAGCUGGAAUCCAAUGUGGUCUGUUUCAAGCAUUCUCACUGGACUGCUCUCUUUCAUGAUGGACACUAGUCCCACAACUGGUAGUGUGACGACUACUGUCGCAGAGAAGCAGCGACUUGCAAAGUCCUCGCUUGCAUUCAACUGUAAGAACGUGAAGUUUAGAAACUUGUUCCCGGAGUACGUGGAGAAAUAUGAAAAAGAACAGCAGCUCUUUGAAAAGGUUGUUCCUGAGCAGAAACGAGCUGAGCAUGCUUCAGAGGAAGUGAGGCCUUUGUUGGAACAAAGAGGCCAGUCAAUAGGAGAAGGCAAUAAACCAGAACCUCAGCAAGACAUAAAAAAUGUUAGGAGGCAAUCUUUCCCAACGUGGGUGCUGGUGUUGUUGGUUUCCAUUUUCGGCAUUGUAAUAUCAUUGCCUCUGCUUCAGCUUUGAUAAUCCCCUCUACAAGACUGCUAGUAGUGGAGAUUGAGAAAUGUCGUAGUAAUUAUCAUGAAACGCAUGUAUAAAAUGGUGAUAUUCUCUGUCCUGUUGUGAUUUUCCUCCUGUUCAAGUAUUACAUGCACCUGAGAUUUUCCAUAACUAUUCAAGUUGGUUGCAUCUUUA